AUGCUCAGUGUAAUAUUAUUGUUUGUGGUGUGGUGCGCAUGCGUGGUGCUGGUACGUCGACUGAGACCAGCUCAUCCGUUGCCACCAGCUUACCCUGGAGAACUGCCGAUCUUGGGACACACACAUCUAAUCAGCGGAGAUACUGAAAAAAUAUGGGAAAUUUUAAAAGAGAUGUCCGAGAAAUGUGUGGAAAGUGGUGGGGUCCUACAUGCGAAGAUUGGAACUCAAAUCUAUUACUUGGUAACAGACCCCGAUGAUGCCCUGACAGUGGCCAACACCUGCCUCCACAAACAUUUCAUUUAUGAUUACGUGAGGACCUGGCUGGGCAAUGGAUUGCUCACAUCUUCAGGUGAAUUCUGGCAGCGACAUCGCAAACUCCUGAACCCAGCAUUCACAGUGCCUGUGAUCCAUAACUUCCUAAGCAUCUUCAACCACAUGGCAAAACAGCUAGUCAGCGAGCUGGAGGUCCACGUAGAACAGGGACCCUUUGAGAUCUCUCCCUAUUUGAGAAUCAUAUCGUUCCAAACGUUUAGCCGAACUGCGUUCGGAAUAGCUGAUGACAGCGUGAAAGAGUUUGCAGAGAAGUACAUGGAAUCAUCAGAUCAGGUUAUGAAUAUGGUGGUGUACAGAUUCCAGAACUUUUUGCUACAUAGUGACCUGAUCUUCAGACUGACUGGCUUGAAGAAGAAGCAGGAUCAUUUGAUUAAGAAGUUAGAUGAUAUGGCUAAUCAGGUGAUAGAGAGGAAAAAGGCAGAAAUGAAAACAGCCAACGAGAAGAAAGCUAAUGAAUGGUCGACGACAAAUACUAGAUACAAGCCAUUCAUGAGUUUGCUACUGGAACUAAAGAAUGAUGAUACUCUUACGGAUAAGGAGAUAAAAGAAGAAGUGGACACAGCUAUAGUCGCAGGAUUUGAUACUACGUCCAAUUGUUUAACUUGUCUGCUAGUCCUGCUUGGAACGUACCCUGAAGUGCAAGAAAAGAUGUAUGAAGAAAUAGUAGAAGUUCUAGGUCCAGACAGAGAUAUUGAAAAGGAUGAUAUCAAACGACUGGUGUAUACUGAGGCUGUUAUCAAGGAGGCUCUCCGAGUGUUACCGAUUGGUCCAGCACUGCUGAGAUAUGUCGAUAGAGAUGUUAAGCUGAAAAACUACACAAUGAGAGCUGAUAGUCAAGUAGUGAUCCUUGCUCGAGGAACCCACAGGAGUCCUAUAUUUGGAGACGAUGUUGAAGCGUUUAGACCGGAACGAUGGCUGGAUCCAAGCGUAACAGCUGUGGGGAACAACGCUUUCUAUGGCUUUAGUCUAGGAAAAAGAUCGUGUAUAGGCAAAACUUACGCAACUGUUUCAAUGAAGACGACUCUCUCUCAUCUCCUUCGAAAGUAUAAAAUAAUAUCAAAUGUAAACGAUAUGAGAUUUAAAGUUGACAUGGUACUAAAAGCUACUACAGCGCCGAUAAGAAUUGUGAGAAGAAAUUGA